AUGGAAGAACUUACGGCGUUCGUCUCCAAGUCUUUUGACCAGAAAGUGAAGGAGAAGAAAGAAGCGAUCACAUACCGGGAGGUGCUGGAGAGCGGGCCGCUGCGCGGGGCCAAGGAAGCUCCCGGCUGCGCUGAGCCGGGCCGCGACGACCGCAGCAGCCCAGCAGUCCGGGCGGCCGGCGGAGGCGGUGGCGGCGGAGGAGGAGGCGGAGGCGGAGGCGGAGGAGGCGGAGGAGGUGUAGGAGGAGGAGGAGCAGGCGGAGGAGCAGGAGGAGGGCGCUCUCCCGUCCGGGAACUGGACAUGGGCGCCGCGGAGAGAAGCAGGGAGCCGGGCAGCCCACGGCUCACCGAGGGUAACGGCCCAACCCCCGGCAUGCUAAAAUCUGUGCUGUUUCUUCUCCCAGAUGGUGCCUUUAGGUUCCUUUUUUGGGAUUUUUUGUCCCCGGAGCUGAAGGAUCGAAAAGAGGAUGCGAAAGGGAUGGAGGACGAAGGUCAGACUAAAAUCAAGCAGAGGCGAAGUCGUACCAAUUUCACCCUGGAACAACUCAAUGAAUUGGAGAGGCUGUUUGACGAGACCCACUACCCUGACGCCUUCAUGCGCGAGGAGCUGAGCCAGCGACUGGGCCUGUCCGAGGCUCGAGUGCAGGUUUGGUUUCAAAAUCGAAGAGCUAAAUGUAGGAAACAAGAAAACCAACUCCAUAAAGGUGUUCUCAUAGGGGCUGCCAGCCAGUUUGAAGCUUGUAGAGUCGCACCCUAUGUCAAUGUAGGCGCUUUAAGGAUGCCAUUUCAACAGGAUAGUCAUUGCAACGUGACGCCCUUGUCCUUUCAGGUUCAGGCGCAGCUGCAGCUGGACAGCGCCGUGGCGCACGCGCACCACCACCUGCACCCGCACCUGGCCGCGCACGCGCCCUACAUGAUGUUCCCGGCGCCGCCCUUCGGACUGCCGCUCGCCACGUUGGCGGCCGAUUCGGCCUCUGCAGCUUCGGUGGUAGCUGCAGCCGCUGCCGCAAAGACCACCAGCAAGAAUUCCAGCAUCGCCGAUCUUAGACUGAAAGCCAAAAAGCACGCGGCCGCCCUGGGCCUGUGA